CAGCUCGGUGCAGCAUGUAUGUUAGAGUGUCUGAGACACCGGAGCCUGUGUUUACAUGCAAGCCUAUCAGUGGAGGUGGAUUUAGAGCAUCUGGAGGACCCAGGCAUCUCCCAUGCUCCUCACCGGGGACUCACCUCCUUUUAUCUCGCCUCGGGUAUCCCAUUUCUCCCUUUGAAUCCUCCUUUCAAUGGCCUCUUCAAUCUCUGCCCUGCUCUCUGAGGCAUUUUGGAUUUCCUUGGCAACGUGGAGCAGCUUAAAUUAGAAUUCUGUGCAUGACGGUCCUGGUAAGCAGUAGAAUGGUGUCCGGGGAGGCAGGUGGGCACAGCUACCUGGUGGCGUGCUGGCAGCCCAUCCUGGUCCUAAUGCUGGGCACUGUCCUCUCCGGCUCCACCACCGGCUGCCCGUCCCGCUGUGAGUGUAAUGCUCAGGAACGUUCCGUGGUGUGCCAUCGACGGAGGCUGGCCUCGUUUCCCGAGGGCAUCCCCAUCGAGACGAAACUACUGGACCUCAGCAAGAACCGUCUGAAAAGCCUGGGGCCUGAGGAGUUCAUCAACUACCCACAGCUGGAGGAGCUGCAGCUCAAUGAGAACAAUAUCUCUUCCAUGGAGCCCGGGGCUUUUAGCAACCUUGUCGGCUUGCGGACUCUGGGGCUGCGCAACAACCAGCUUAAGCUAAUCCAGUUGGGAGUGUUCACAGGCCUCAGCAACCUCACCCAGCUGGACAUUAGCGAGAACAGAAUUGUCAUCCUGCUGGACUACAUGUUCCAGGAGCUGUACAAUCUGAAGGCUCUGGAAGUCGGCGAUAACGACCUGGUGUUCAUCUCUCACCGAGCGUUCCACGGCCUCAGCAGCCUGGAACAGUUGACCAUGGAGCGGUGCAACCUGACGUCGGUGCCCACUGAGGCCCUGAGCCAUCUGCACAACCUGCUGUCCCUGCGACUACGCCACCUCACCGUCAAUGCCGUCAGGGAUUACUCCUUCAAGAGGCUUGAACGCCUGAGGGUGUUAGAGAUCUCCUACUGGCCCUACCUGGACACCAUGACUUCCAAAUGCCUGUACGGCCUCAACAUCACCUCCCUGACCAUCACAAACUGUAACCUCACCGCCAUCCCUUACCAGGCCAUCCGACACCUUGGGCACCUUCUCUUUCUCAACUUGUCUUUUAAUCCCAUUCACACGGUGGAGGGGAACAAGCUGCACAAUCUAAUGAGGCUUCAGGCCUUCCACUUGGUAGGAGGGAGAUUAGCCACAAUCGAGCCCUACUCCUUCCGGGGCUUGAACCAUCUCCGAGUCCUCAACGUAUCCAGCAAUAGCCUGAGCACCCUGGAGGAAUCCGCGUUUCACUCCGUGGGGAACCUGGAGACCCUGGCACUGUACGGGAACCCACUGGCCUGCGACUGCCGACUGCUCUGGGUCUUCCGUCGCCGCUGGAGGCUCAACUUCAACCGGCAGCAGCCCUCCUGCUCUUUGCCCGAGGCCGUGCAGGGCAAGGAGUUCAAAGACUUCCCCGACAUCCUCCCCUCCGAUUCCUUCACCUGCCAGAAGUCCAGGAUACAAGACCACAAGGCACUGCAGAGGCACGUAGACGAGGGCACAACGGUCCAUUACCCAUGCCAGGCGGACGGCGACCCAGCCCCCGUGAUCAUGUGGCUGUCCCCCAAGAAGCAGUUCAUCACCACCAAGUCCGUGGGGCGUCUCAGCGUGUCCCCCGAGGGCACGCUAGAGGUGCGCUACGCCCAGAUCCAGGACAACGGUACCUACCUGUGCAUCGCCAGCAAUGCCGCAGGGAAUGACACCAAGCCUGCCCACCUGCAUGUGCACAGCUACUCGCCCAACUGGCCGCACCAGCCCAACAAGACGUUUGCUUUCAUCUCCAACCAGCCCAGCGAGGACGGGGCCAAUGGGACCCUGGCCCAGGUUCCCUUCCCAUUCGACGUGAAGACUCUGAUCAUCGCCACCACCAUGGGAUUUAUCUCGUUCCUCGGCGUCGUCCUCUUCUGUCUCGUCAUCCUCUUCCUCUGGAGCAGAGGAAAAGGCAACGUCAAGCCAAACAUAGAGAUUGAGUAUGUACCGCGUAAGGCGGAGGCAGGUGAGAGUAGUCCAACCGGCGAUGCGCCACGUAAAUUCAACAUGAAAAUGAUGUGAGACUCAAGCUUACUGACUUCAAAAUGAGGGUGGACACACUAUAUUCUCUUUAAAUAUAUGUGGAAUUUUAUGAGAGUUAGACAUCUUGAUACUAUACCCAAGACUGUUUUACCUUCAGGGACUGAGUCUUAAACAGCGAGUGUUGGAUUUAAAAGUAUUCACAUUUCUGUGCGUUUUUAUGGGCAAUAGUCAUAAAGAAAAUAAGCCAGUCAUGUUUUAUGCUCCUUUCAACCUGAAAAGGGAGAUUGUCUUUAUCUGGUCUUUUGAUUGUUUUAUUUUCUCUGUGUCUUGUCCUUCUUACCAUGUACAAUGAGCAAAGGAAUGGUCGCAAUACCACUUAAAGGGGUAGUUCACAAAAAUACUGAAAUUGACAGCAGCAACGGUAAGAGGAAUAUCAUGUCAAUUUGUUUGAACUAUACCUUUAAUGGUUAUGGGUUUUGAGCAUAUUACUGUAUUAUGAGCAGGCGCAAUGCAAGCAAUGUACGUACAGUGCAUUCGGAAAGUAUUAAGAUCCCCUUGACUUUUUCCAAAUGUUGUUACGUUACAGCCUUAUUCUAAAAUUGAUUAAAUUGUUUUUUUUAACUCAUCAGUGUACACACAACACCCGAUAAUAACAAAGCAAAAACAGGUUUUCAGACCCUUUACUCAGUAAACACCGGUAUUUGGGGAGUUUUUCCCAUUCUUCUCUGCAGAUCCUCUCAAGCUCUGUCAGGUUGGAUGGUGAGCGUCGCU